GCUUACCAAUACUGGUCACCAGCUGAAUAACAAAACUUGGGGAAAAUAGCAUAAAAUUAGCUCGAAAAUGGACUAAACAAAGACAGCGAACCGUGAUCGAAGUCUGCAUGAACUAUUUAACGAUUCUGCUGUGCAACCGAAAACCGACGAUGCUCUCGCGGCGCAGCAAGGAGAAAUCGCAGUCGCACAAGGAGGGCGUGGUGGGGAAGUACAUGAAGAAGGACACUCCGCCAGAGAUUCCGGUGAUCAAUGUGUGGACCAGUGACCAGCGGUCAAAGAAGAAGUCUUUGCAGCGAUGCGCGAGCACCUCGCCCAGUUGCGAGUUUCAUCCAAGGAGUUCGAGCACCAGCCGGAACACCUACUCCUGCACGGACUCCCAACCGGAUUACUACCAUGCACGGAGAGCUCAAAGUCAGUUGCCCUUGCAACAGCACACGCCUCUCAACCACAAUCCCCACUCCCUGCCCCAUCCUGCCCAUCCGCAUGUGCACAGCCAUCCUCCCCUGCCGCCUCAUCAAUUCCGGGCGAGCAGCAAUCAGCUGAGCCAGAGCAGCAGCAACUACGUGAACAUAGAGCAGAUUGAGAGGAUGCGACGCCAGCAGUCGUCGCCUUUACUGCAGACCACAUCCUCCCCAGUUCCAGGAGCCGGAGGAUUUCAGCGCAGCUACUCCACCACACAGAGACAGCAUCAUCCCCACAUGACCGGGGCCAGCUACGAUGCAGAUCAGGGGCUUUUGAGCGCCUCCUAUGCCAACAUGCUGCAACUGCCCCAGCGGCCCCACUCGCCCGCCCACUACGCCGUCCCGCCGCCACAGCAGCAGCAUGCCCAGAUCCACCAGCAGCACGCCUCCACGCCGUUCGGCUCCACUCUGCGGUUCGACACAUCGGCCAUGUCUAUCAGGGAUCGACAGCCGAGAUAUCAGCCCACAAGCAGGUCUCCCAUGCAGCAACAGCAGCAGCUGCAGCACCAACAACUGGCAGCCCACCUGGGCGGGAGUUACUCCAGCGACUCGUACCCGAUUUACGAGAACCCGUACCGCGUCUCCUCGAUGCGCGCAACCCAGUCGCAGCGCUCGGAGUCGCCCAUCUACAGCAACACAACGGCCUCGUCGGCCACGCUGGCCGUGGUUCCGCCGCACCACCACCAGGGUCAUUUGGCGGUGCCCUCGGGAAGCGGCGGGGGAUCGCUGAGCGGCAGCGCUCGUGGCGGAAGCUCUGGCAGUGUUCGCGGCGCCUCUACCUCAGUGCAAUCCCUGUACGCUCCACCCCGAACUCCGCCGAGUGCUGCUGGUGGCACGGCAGGCAGUGCCAAUGGCUCACUGCAGAAGGUACCUUCUCAACAGUCGCUCACGGAGCCCGAGGAGCUGCCACUGCCGCCUGGAUGGGCCACGCAGUACACGCUGCACGGUCGGAAGUACUACAUCGAUCACAAUGCUCACACCACGCACUGGAACCAUCCGCUGGAGCGAGAGGGUUUGCCGGUUGGCUGGCGACGCGUGGUGUCCAAGAUGCACGGCACUUACUACGAGAACCAGUACACCGGGCAGUGCCAGCGCCAACAUCCCUGUCUGACUUCCUACUACGUUUACACAACAUCAGCGGAGCCACCCAAGGCCAUUCGACCGGAGGCGUCGCUCUACGCACCGCCCACUCACACUCACAACGCUCUGGUGCCGGCGAAUCCCUAUCUGCUCGAGGAGAUCCCCAAGUGGCUGGCCGUCUACUCGGAGGCGGACUCCUCGAAGGACCACUUGCUGCAGUUCAACAUGUUCAGCCUGCCGGAACUUGAGGGCUUCGACAGCAUGCUGGUGCGUCUCUUCAAGCAAGAACUGGGCACUAUCGUGGGAUUCUACGAGCGCUACCGUCGCGCUUUGAUACUCGAGAAGAACCGACGCGCCGGUCAGAACCAGAACCAGUAGCAAGGUGACGACUGAACUGAACCAGACCGUAUACUCGCCAGCAGCUAUAUAGUUUAUAGUGUCCUGCAAUCGACCUUUAACUUAUUUAACCAUCGACUCAUCGCAAAAUCAGUGCCUUAGACAAGACUAAACGACAGGAGGAAGAGCCAAGCCAAUCCAUGACAGUUCGAGUGCCUUGAUUUAACGUAUAAAUGUGUUACGUUUGAAACACCCUUUUGUGUGAUUUGAGCUUGGUGAUUGUUUGUAAAAUGUGCAAAUUAAACUGGUUUACUGAUCAUCUUA